AUGUCAGCCAUGCAAGAAAAGCAUGAAGGCUUGGUUGAGGCACAUACGGCCGCACCAUUGACCAUCUUCAAAAAGAUAUAUCCGACAGACUAUUUUCGUCGGCAUCUUGAGGAGCGAAUUCGAGAGGAUGGGCGCUCCCUAGAUCAAUUUCGUUCGGCAUCCUUAGCCACAGGUAUUUUAUCACAGCCUUAUGGCAGCGCACUUGUGCGCUUUGGUGAAGGUACAUUGGUCACGGCUGCGGUGCAUGCAGAGGUGACUGAGCCGACACUGGAGCGCCCUAACGAAGGAUUUGUUAUUCCAAAUGUUGAGCUCCCCGCUUUGUGCUCACCUCAAUACAAGGCAGGUCCUCCAGGCGAUGAAGCACAAAUUAUGACUCACUACUUGCAAAUGUUCCUGAAUCAGUCUGGUAUUCUUCCAUGUACUUCAUUAUGUAUCGAGACUGGAUCAGCUGUGUGGGUUUUACAUGUCGACGUUGUUUGUAUUAGCGCAGAUGGCAGCGUGAUGGAUGCUGCGGCUUUGGCAGCUGUGGCAGCAUUGUACGAUUGCCGUCUACCACGCGUUUCCCGUCACAUGAAUUCUAGCCAGGUCAUUUGCGAUACCGAUGCCACAGAACGCCUAUCGCUUACUUGCAUUCCUAUCCUAACAACAAUAUCUCUGUACGAUUGGACAUAUCUCCUAGCUGAUGCCACUGAAUUUGAACAGUCAUUAUGUGCAGGAAGUAUCCAGAUGGGUACGUUGGACGACAAGCCUAAUGGUAUCUUUUGGACUAAAGUUCGGGGAAGAUGCACAGCUAUGCAACCACAUGUCCUCGAAAAUGAGUCGUUGAUUGAAUGGUGCGAACGUACAACCCAGAACCGUGCACAGCAACUGCGAUCAUUGCUGUUAGAUGCUUUACGUGCCUAA